AUGCCCAAGAAAAAAAGCAAAAAGGCCCCAAAGGCCAAGAGAAAUGCACGAGACAUCCAAACACCUUUUUCCGACAGAGAGAACUCUGAAAGGGCAGAACCAAAGCAGAUAACGGACCACAGAGCUGAAUCUAGUCAUAAUAAAAAAGGCAAGAAGGUCGAUAUAACGAGGAGCCCAACUCGAGAGGGAGACUUUGCAUCAAAUGCAAGCGGCUAUGAUUCAGGUGACGCAACAGAUCCGGAAUUGUACGAUGCUUCCGACCAGGAUGGGCCAAGUGAGGAGCAGCCAGACCCUCUUAGCUCUUGGGUGAAGGACAUUAUUAGAAGUCAAACAUUAGAACAGUCAGAAAAAAUGGUCGAAAGCUUUUUUACGACCGACAAUCCAGAUUACGCCGCCUGCGAAGCGUUCUUUGAUAGGCUUAAUCAGCUUAUCAGAGGUGCCAAUGAGCAGCACAAUGUCACAGAUAUUGAUGUUGGUAUCAUUCCUGCAACCGGUUAUAAUGGCUUAUGCCAGGCUUGGCAGGAAGCGGGCAAAAAAGCUAUUGCAGACCAAUCUCCGGAGAACUUCUGGUCUGCCUUUAAUGAAACCCGCGAUGUUCUGAAAAUUUUCAACAAAAGGUAUCAUCUUCCACGAGCCUGGAAUAUCAGCAAAGAAUGGGCAGAGAAACGUAUUGGGACACCGAACCCGAGAGCUGAAACAGAAUCCGGGUCGAGUGACGACGGUCAAUCCAUCCUGGCUGGUCAGCCCGCAACGAGCAAUGAAGACAUCGAUAUGAACUCCACCGAUAUGAACUCCGAUGACAAUGGCGGCACGGGCCUUGACGCCUUGGAAGCGAGAACCAUGAAGCAGCAACGCCGACUGACAUCUGCAAAAGUCUUAUACUGGUGGCCUAAAGGUACUGGGUCUCAAACUUUUGUGCAAUAUGGAGAUAGUACGACACCGAUUUAUCGUAUUAGGGCGGGAUCUCACGAGAGCUACAGUCCUCAUAUGGUUGAACGUGUGCUAACCACAAAAACACGUGGCAACGCCAAAGGAACUAGGACUCGAAAUGGCAUACCAGAGGAAUUUUGGAAAUACAAGCGCGAACAUGUGGCGAAUAUCCUUGGAGUUGGUUGGAAGAUCGAAGAUGAUGAUGAGGAGGGCCUCAAUCCACUCGAUCUACUGCAGCCUGCAAAGGGUGCAUACUAUCCACAAACACGCACUCUCGUGGAAUGGACAGAUGGUGUGAUUACAUUAGAAGGACGUCCAUUCAUUCGGCGUAUCACUACUGGUUCGACCCUAGACGGUGACCGAGUGAUAUAUCAGAAAGCUAAGGAGCUUGAGACGGCUUACCGCAAGAAAGCCGGGCUAGAAUCCUUCGUCGACGACGACUACGAUGAGGACAGCGAUGCAAGCUUCGGUCGCGGAAGAAGAUACCGAAGUGAGCCUACACGUUACUCGAAGCAGGUCAACAUGAAGGCUAGAAAUCGCUUCCGCCAUGGAACUAGUGAAAGCAGUGGCUCUGAAAGUGAGGAUGUCGCACGGCCACGUAACAGCGGGUACACUAGACAUCGCAGUGAGUCUGAUUAUCGUCCAAGCCGGCUUAGGGGCAGGAAGGGAUCGGAGCGGGAACAAGAUAGGGCAAUGAUUAGGAAACUCGAAAAGGAGAUUGAGAGACUGAAGAUAGGAUCGUCGAUAUCUGGUGAAGACAGACGAAGGCCGCAGGGUAAGCGUUGA